AUGGCCCGAUCUCUACCUUCAAAGCUAUUAAUAGCAUUCUCCUCCAUCCUCCUCGCUCACGCCUGCUACUCCGCCCACGAACACUCCCUCCUCUCCACCACGGCCGCAGCCGCUCACGACUCCUCUUCUUCCUCUCCACAUUCCGCGACAAUAACAUCAGGUUCAACACUCCCUCUAGAUAUCACCCUCGAAACUUUAUUGUCGGUAUCAUUACUUUUGGUCGGAAUCGUCAGCUCAGGAUGGGAAUUAAAGCCUAUCAGUCUUAGGAGUUACGCCGGUGGAGUUGAGAGUGGAAAGAUUUUGGUGGAUGGGAAGAAAGGGAAAGGAUUGUUUGUGGGGUUGGAGGAGAGGGCUGGAUUUGCGGAUAUCAGGAAACAACGGAAGGAGUUCACGGAUUGGAUGAAGACGCAGGGUAGGGUUGAGUGA